AUGAAGAGCUUACAGGGCGUGUACCGCCGCCAUCCGAGGACUCCAAGACGGCCAAAUCCAAACUGGCCCCGAAACCGCCCAUCCGUGUGGCAGCCCGCAUCGUACCAGACUACCGAAGAGGCGCCCCCGAAUCCGACCCGCGACUACGAUUAUCGACCCUUCACCGUUAGCGUUGCCGCGAAAGACGUCUUGUCGGCACGUCAAUCCUGGAAGAUGGAAAGUCGCCUGCCAUGGACCGGUCUCGUACACUGAAUAUUGGCUCUGCAUCUAGGUCGAGUCAACUGUCGCCUUCUCUGCAUGACCGCCAAUCAUUCCACGAUGAAUCGGAUGAGCUUGAUUUUUUCAUAGACGAGCCGCCAGACGAUGGUGUGCUCGGCGACGAUCCCUUGGCCGAUGACUUGGCAUCGCCAUCCAGGCGAAAUCAAAAAGGGAGCGCUUCCUCCCAAACGACGCGCUAUCUCUCGGGCUCGACCAGCGGGCCUGGCGAGGGAGCCUCGCGCUUAUCUCCAGGCCUGGGGCCGGGCUUCACUCCAGGCGAUUAUACUGCACGAUCGGGUACACCAAUAGGAGGUCUGCGCUCUCCUCGUAGCCCGGGCAGAUUCAACGGCUUCUCCAAGGAUGGUGGACAGGAUUGGUACGUCGAAGGUCCAGGCCGACGUGUUGGGUAUGCGGACUUGACGGCCAUCGACUGGAUUUUCGAGUACACCAAGGAGAGACAGCGGCUUCGCGUGCUGUACUCUCAGGCCUCGGGGGUCUUGGGUUACAUACCGCAACUGCUGGACGCGAGCCAGGUCUGGUUCAUCCUGGCGGCGACGGGCAUGGCCGUCGGCACCGUUGCCGCAGCUAUAGACAUCACCACGGACUGGCUGGGCGAUCUGAAGACGGGAUACUGCUCCACAGGCUCCGACGGCGGAGCCUUUUACCUCAACAAGGGGUUCUGCUGCUUUGGCUACGAUGAAUGGUCCAAGUGCGUCGGCUGGCGCCCAUGGGCGGCUGCCUUGGGCAUUGCGUCUGCUGGUGGCAAGUGGAUAAUAGAAUACUUUUUCUUCAUUUUAUUUUCGGUUACUUUCGCACUCUGUGCGCAUAUCCUAGUACGAGAGUACUCCAUGCACGCGAAGCAUAGUGGUAUCCCCGAGAUCAAGACAGUUCUCGGCGGCUUCGUUAUCAGGAGACUGUUGGGGGUGUGGACCCUGGUGACGAAAUCUCUGGGACUUUGCUUGGCCGUCGCAUCGGGCAUGUGGCUUGGCAAGGAAGGUCCUCUCGUUCAUGUCGCAUGCUGCUGUGCAAACAUAGCCACCAAACCCUUCAAAAACAUCAGGGAAAAUGAAGCCAGGAAACGAGAGGUAUUGUCGGCAGCUGCCGCAUCUGGUAUAUCUGUAGCUUUUGGCUCGCCCAUCGGGGGUGUACUGUUCAGCUUGGAACAACUCUCCUACUACUUUCCCGACAAAACAAUGUGGCAGAGUUUUGUCUGUGCCAUGACCGCGGCUGUCACUUUGCAGGCUCUUGACCCAUUCAGGUCGGGAAAACUGGUCAUGUAUCAAGUCAAGUACACUACUGGCUUUCAUGCUUUUGAAAUGGUUCCGUUCGCUCUUUUGGGAAUCCUAGGUGGCAUAUACGGUGGCCUUUUUAUCAAGCUCAACAUGAAAGUGGCCCAAUGGAAAAAAGAAACUCACUGGCUACCAGGACCGACGACACAGGUUGCAAUCGUCGCACUGCUGACGGCACUUGUCAACUAUCCCAACCUCUACAUGCGGGCACAAAAUUCGGAGCUAGUGUCAUCACUGUUCAUGGAGUGUUCCCGAGUCCUUGAUGAUCAGUUCGGCCUAUGUAAGACCGGAGCAGCUUCGGUUGGGACCAUAGUCUUACUCCUAUUCGCCUCUCUGCUUGGCUUCCUUCUAGCAGCGAUUACCUUUGGGCUUCAGAUCCCUGCGGGUAUCAUCUUGCCGUCGAUGGCUAUCGGGGCUCUGACCGGCAGAGCAGUUGGCAUUGCCGUGGAGAUCUGGCAGCAAAGCUAUCCGGGAUUCUUGGCUUUUUCAACAUGCGAGCCAGACGUGCCCUGCGUUAUCCCAGGCACAUACGCGAUUAUGGGUGCCGCUGCCACCCUUGCGGGAGUCACGAGGAUGACUGUGUCCAUCGUGGUCAUCAUGUUCGAACUCACUGGAGCCCUGACUUAUGUACUCCCUAUCAUGGUAGCUGUCAUGCUCUCUAAAUGGGUUGGCGAUGCCUUUUCGCGGCGUGGAAUCUACGAAUCCUGGAUACAUUUUAACGAAUAUCCAUACUUGGACAACAGCGAAGAGAUGGUGAUACCCGACAUUCCGGCGUCGCAGAUCAUGACACGCAUUGAGGAUCUCGUGGUCCUCACUGCCGUCGGGCACACCAUUGGCAGUCUCCAGCACAUCCUCGAUACUCAUCAGUACCGAGGUUUCCCUGUCAUCUCAGACCCCCGAGAGGCUGUCCUUCUUGGCUACAUAUCAAGGGCCGAGCUGGCCUACAAUUUGCACACGUUCACGCAACCGCCGCAAUCUCUGCCUCCAGAAACGGAGGCCUUCUUCUCACACCAGCCCAUGGCAGAUCCCCGCACGACGCUCGAUCUCAGGCCCUGGAUGGACCAGACUCCCAUAACCCUGUCCUCGCGGUCAAACCUCCACCUGACGGUGACUUACUUUCAGAAACUGGGUCUGAGGUACUUGCUCUUCACCGACAGAGGUGUGCUGCAAGGCCUUCUCACCAAGAAGGAUGUGUGGUACGUCCUCAACGGGGCCGAGGAGACGCGACGGACGAGCGGAUUGGCGAGAGAUGCGGGUCUGGAGACAGGGCUCACCAGAGAAGACGGGGAUGGUGAGAGCAGGGGUCUGCUGAGGGAUGGCGGCGGUGAGGAACCGACAAGUCCAGGCGCCGAUCGUCAAGAUUCUAUUUUGUGA